CGGAUUGGCAAUCACGGCGGGGAUCGUGUGAACAAGCAAGUAACCUCGUUUAGUCAACUAGAUCGGCAUGGAUCGAGCGCAGCAAAUGAUACGCGUCGUGUUUUUCGCCACUAUGCUGGCCACGGUAUUGGACGCCAUUGAUAUGGACUCGCGACUACCCCUGACGUGCAAGAACAUCGCACGGGAUGUGAUCAUCAACAGUUGCAAGGGAUCCAGGAUCAAACGAUCGACACAGAAGCCGGAUCUGGAGGACAUUGAAGAGGACACAAAGAUCGACGCGCCUGAGGUGCCGGAGGACGAGCCACGUGCGACCCUGCAGAAGCGGCAAUGGGGAAUGAUGCCUGGAAUGACGUCUGGUUUUGGGAUGCCUGAGUAUGGGAUGUCUGGUAUAGGAACCGAAAUGGGAUCGGAAAUGGAUAGCAACUCCCACACCACCGAACUAAAACUGCCCGGUGUUGAUUUCCACGAUAACCGUGAAAGCGAAAUGGUGAACGAACAAUAUGGUUCCAGUGGCUUUAUGCCUAUGCCUUAUCAACCAAUGGGAAUGGGCCCUUUUUACAGAACUUCUGACAGUUCCGACAAACUAUUGGGAUAUGAGCUGUCUGCGGAUGAACUCGAGGAACUGUACAAGGAGAUCGGCGAACGGAUGCCCCGUAAUUCGAAAGACCUGAACAAGAAAAUCUUUCUGAACGUGGCCGAGAAAUGUUGUAUGAACGCGAAGCUCUGUCUUGAAAAUCCAAGCCUGAUUCCGUGCAUGGGAUAUUAACCGUACCUGAAAACCCGUUACUGUUAGUACUUUAAUUAAAGUGAUGUAAUAAAUAGAGUGUACUGCAGUUGUACUUAAAUUGUAUAUCGUAUUAUUUUAAAGGAAUAAAGAGUGAACAAAUCGUAAACU